UGUGUGCACGUUCGUGUAGAAGAAUGCGGUAGGAUGCGUAUCCAGGAAAGAUGCUUCCUGCUGGGACUCUGCCUCCUAGGCGGGGUCGCCUUCUCCUCGGCGGUCGCCGACACCGAGACGCGGAUCACCACAAUACCCGAUACCAAUUCCAAAGAUAUUCCAGAGGUACAGCCUCUUCAAACGGAAUGGCAAAAUGAUACGACAGAGUCGAAAACUGCGUAUCCAACAAAGGAAGCUGACGUCAAGAUCAUGACCGAAGCGAAAAAGAAGCUUGCGAUGGACUUCAAAGCCAAAAGUGAUCAAAAAUACCAGAAACCCAUUGUCAAGGAUGAUGAUUCGAAGAAGCCUGUAGAUUCUGACACCAUGGUGACGUCAUCCAUUUUGCCUACGACGACUUCGAAGGCCGAUCAGCCUCCAACGACCAACUCCAUGAAUGUUACCAGCGUGACGAUACCGUUUCUUCUUCACGGAGAACCGAUAAUCGCUGUGACAAGAACAACGCCGACGAGCAACGCAGCUAUCGAGAGUACAACGAAUAAGACAGAAGAAGCCCAAGUGACGGAGGAAACAAUGUCAUCGAGAGGUAGGGCCUUAAACAUUUCCGCUCCAGAGCCAACGAACUCAUUGCACGCUAAUAUCACGGAUCUUAGUGAUGUCAGCAUGGACGAAGAUGAUAAAGAAGUCGAAGGCGGGGAAUACAUCGCAUCUCACAAUGAAACUGCCAUAAACAUCUCCUCGACGUUGCUCCCAAAAGUGUCGGUGUGUAUCCAUGAAAAUCGUACUUACUCUAUGGGUGAGAAAAUCGUCCGAAAUUGCGAGGAGAAAUGCGUAUGCUCCGAAAAUGGGAUCACGGAUUGUCAACCGUUGUGCGUUUCUCCUUACGUCAGAGCGAGCAGAGAAAUCGAAGAUCCUUUGUGCCAGCGAAAAUUGAUCCCCGAUGAGCCAUGCUGCGCUCUUGUUCUCUGUGCCGAUUCAGAUACAGCUACUGAGCCGGACGAGACGUGCGUGCUUGGCAAUAAGACGGUCACCAGAGGCCAACGUAUCGAAGACGGUUGCUCUAGAGUAUGUAUUUGCGAAGCCGGCGGUCAUCUAAAGUGCCAGGCCAGAUGCCCGCCGAAUGAGACCGUUUCCAUAAACAAUCAGCAUGAUCGUUGCGUAGCGCUACCUGAUCCCAGAGACUCCUGUUGCACCAUUACACUUUGUGACGUCACCUUGGGCGAUCACGAAAUCAAACCGGAGAAUGCCGCCGAUCUCAGUGUACAUCUGAUGGACGUAAAGGUGUUGAACUCGACGGCGAUCAAACUGAAAAUGUCUGCGAAGAAUCCGCAGGAUGUCACUAUAGAAAUCUCGCAAAACAAUCACGUAUGGAGGCAACAAAAACCUAAUAAAGAUGGUAUAAUUUCGAGUUUGGAGCCUGCGCACACGUAUUACAUUCGCAUAGCGGAAGCAGGCCGCACUGGACCGGCCAUCCAGGUGUUCCUACCCGCUGAAGUGGUGAAGACGAACGUUUCCGAGAAAACAUCCGACAAGAAUUCGUGCACUUACAGGGGGAAGUCGUAUAAGGUUGGCGCGGAAUGGUAUGACGAAUGCAUCUUCUUCUGUACUUGCGUGGAAGGUGGCAAAGUCGAAUGUGCCACGAUAGAGUGCCCCACAGAUUUCGGGCUGGAUCUGUUGGAUCCCCACUGCAUUGAUUGGGAGACAGUUCCGCCGAACUUUGAACCAGUAGCGCCGCAGUGCUGUCCUCAGGAGGUACGCUGCAGAAACAAUGGUUCCUGCUUCUAUGAGGGCGUCAUGUACGAUAACUGGAGUGAGUUGCCCAUGAACGUCACUGGCUGCGAAAAACUUUGCUAUUGCGAGAUGGGCAACGUGUCCUGCCAGGCUGCUUGCAAACCUGUACCAGCCCUGCCACCGGCCACUUUACCGUGCUCUGCUCAUCAAGCGACUUUGACUCAUUUACCUGCCAAUCCAUGCUGCUUGCAAUGGACCUGCAGCCAUCCGCUGUCAGGAAUGAACGUGACGACCGCGUACCCUGGCCCCGUAGCCACAGAUCCAUUCGAUCAGCAAACGAUUGACAAUAUCAAAAGACCGAAUAACAAGUCGGAAACCCAGCUCGAGCCCAGCCAGGAACCGGAGCAUGGCACUUCCGUCUUGUCAGAAGACCCGAAAACCUAUAAAACUCAGACAGACAUUACCACUCACAGACUCCCUCACUAUCCAAUGGAUCCAGGGCAUCCCACGGUGCCCUAUAACGGACCCUACAGUCCCGAUUACGUAUCCACCCAUCCCACUGUCGAAGACAUCUUUCACUUGUCCCCUCACUCCGAAAAACCGACGUCAACUCCGAAGGAAAAGUCCAAGUCGAAGACAGACUCGAAAAAGCCCGUAGAACCGGUAAAGCCUCAUAAGGAGAUCGAUCAGUAUUUUCCCGGUCCAUUGGCACCUAAUAGGUUCCCCAAUAAAACUACUUCGAUGCCGUACGCUGUCAACGAGAAUCAACAUCUUCCAGGUCCAAUAAAUCCGAAUAAAUUUGUCCCUCAGCAAAAGGUUCAUCCGAUUGAUCAUCCUCAAUUCGUUCCGUUAAAUCCUCAUAUAGAUGCAUCAGGUCCAGGUUUCUCUUUCGCACCUAACAACAGAGAAAGCAUUGCUCCUCCGUUAGGUUUCAAUACCCAAGCAGGUAGCCCUGCGAGUGGACAGGUUUAUCAGGGUCCAGUUCCUCUCAGACCCGAUGCGAUCGACCCGAACAUCAUCAUUCCUGUGACACCAAAAAAGAAGAUCACAUCAGGCGACACUUUCGUCGAUCCGGAAAAAUCAAAACCGACCCCGACAUUGUCAGGUCGACCGAAACAAGGUCAGAGAAAUCCCAAUCAGGAGAUCUUGUCAGAUCAGCUGUACCAUCUAAUAAAUUUGCAGCACCCUGGCCUGAUUCAGAUCGAUCAUGUUCCUCCUCAAGAUCCGGGCUUGUAUGAUCUUCACCAACAGAUCUUCGGUCAAAAGCAGCCUCCCAAUAAUCGUGCACAACCUGGCUAUUUCGACACGCCGCCUUCUGCUCCGAAAAAACCAAUAAAACCACCGAAGAAUGAACAUGAACAGAUCAUUUAUCACGCUCACACACCUGACGUUCCAAAUUCACCACAACAGAUUAAAGAACUGUUAGCGCACAUCAGCCAGCACGACUCCAACCCUGGACCCUUCCAGCGCUAUCCCGAACAACCGGCCAUAUCCCAUAAUUUACCAAACAACCCAUUGUCUACUUUGCCGGUUCACAUAGACGCUCAAAUACCACAGUCAGGACUUACGCACUUGAAUCACCCGUUCGCAGCACAAACGCCCAACCAAUCAGGUUUGGAUCAUAAUGUACCUCCAGGCUUUCCAUUGCCUGGAACUAUACCUGGAUUUCCAGCUGUACCUUCUUCCGAGGAAAUCACAGUACGCGUACUGCAGGCAUUGGAUGCAAAUAGAGUUCGGGUGGUGUUCGUUGUACCACAAGUCCUGGUAGGGCUACAUGGAAGAGUAGAACUACGAUACACCAGCGAUAAAACAAAUGCCGAUCCAUCCACGUGGAAGGUACAAGUCUUUGCUCCCCCCAACGAUCUGAUCGCGACUCCUCAACUUGAGUUUGAGUUGGGUGAUUUGAAACCGAUGACCGAGUACAGAGUGAAAGUUACAGUGAAACUAAAGGACUUGGCCAAUAGUCCAACCAGUAAGAUUUACAGUAUACGUACGUUAAAGCAAUAUGCGGAGGUGACCACUCUGCCCCCGCAAAUACCAAUCGACGCUGAGCUCAGAAUAGUGGAGACGAAUUCAACCUGGAUCAACGUUAUGUGGAAAAAAUUCACGGAAUACGAGUUACAGUUUAUAGACGGUGUCCAAUUGAGAUACAAGGAAGACGAUAGUAAAGUCUACGCCGCGACACCACUGAUCCAUCGUGCUGUAACGAAUUACGUAAUUGAAAACCUGAAACCAUCAACCACGUAUGAAGUCGGUAUCUACCUUAUACCGUUCUCAGGACAAUUAACGGAAUUAAUUAGCGAAAAAACGAUUCAAGUAGCCACAUCGAUGGAACCAGAUCCUUACUCGUUCGAUGUAAAGGUUGAAAUUAAAAUGAUCAAGUCGACAGACGUAGAAGUGUCAUGGAGUGGCGUACCUUAUCCAGAGGACAAAUACGUUAACAUUUAUCGAGCAAUUUAUCAAAGCGACACUGGCAAGGAAGACACUAGCACUUUCAAAAUUGCCAAGAGAGACUCUUAUGCCAAGACUGUGAUCAGUGAUCUUAAACCCGGCACUAGAUAUCGACUGUGGCUUGAAAUAUAUUUGACGAAUGGCAGAAUAAAGAAAAGUAACGUGCAAGAUUUCGUCACCAAGCCGGGUGUUCUCUUACCAGCAACCGUGUCUCAACAAGCUGGAAAACUCGCAUCAUUCCCUCUUCACGAAGGAGAUUAUUACGGCCCUCUUGUAAUAGUGGCUAUCGUGGCUUCUCUGGCAAUACUAUCAACUUUGAUUUUGCUAAUGAUGCUGAUGAAAAGACGCACGAGUAGCAAGGCCGAUAUAUCGCCUCGCAAAACAACGUCUGCGUACGACAACCCUUCCUACAAGACUUGUGAAGACGCCGUCACGAUAUCUAAUGGAAGGAACAAAACUACCGCGGACCAUGAGAUGGCCACCAUCAAUUCAAAUAUCAAGGAAACUGCCUGAGAUUAUAUAAUUUAUUAAAUUUAUAUUUAUUUAUAUCAGAAUCUUUAAGAAUUUUAAUAUCUAUUAUAAGUCUGUCAUAAGUUCACACAUGUAAGACCAUGUAUUAUACAUAUAUCUAAAAGGAUUUUACAUAUGUACGAACUGCCAAUCGAACAAUUAACAGUUAUAUUUAGUAGAUCAGUAACUAUUAUUGCCUGAAAUAUUCCUGAAUCAAUGCAGAUCAAAGAAAUACAUUUCAGAGCUGUGUUUGAUUAAAAGAGGGACAAGUAAGCACGUAUCUCUAACAGAAAUAUUUCAGACAGUAAUAGUUAGUAGUUCAUUUUAGAUCAUUGUCAAGUUGCAUUGCAACACACAUGGGAGAUGCAAUACUUUUACUUUUAGUAGUUUUGUAAUACUCAUAUUGUAACACGUAUAGGUAGAAUUCACAAUUUUAUACAAGCUUCUAAGAUUAAGAUUAACGAUAGAGUUACGUUGUAUUAAAACUUGUAUAUAGCAUUGUUAUAUAAUAUCUACAAUUUUAAUACGAUAUAAUACUCGUGCUCCGUUGAACCACGUAAUGGAAAAGCUGGCUGCCCAGUGUUAGGCCAGAUUAAACUUUGUACAGUUUACAUUUAUACCGUUAGACAUUUAUAAAAUAAAUGACAUAUACCUAAACUAAAACUCAAUUGAAUAUCAAUUUCAUUCUAUUUAUUUCGUUAUUAAUAUUGACAUAUAAAAAAAGAUUAUCGUACCAGCAAAUAAAGUGUCAGCAGUCCGCCAGCAGAUCGUCAGCAAAUUUGAGCAGCAGUUGCAGCGACAGAUUGCAUCCGUAAGUCCUACAUAUGGUGAUAGUAUAAUAAUAAUGUAUCGAACGCAAUUAUUAGUAAUAGACAAAAUAUCACGUGUCAUCAAUCAUCAAUAGCUGACAACCAAUAUAAAGUAAUGACUAUCUCACCGAGAAAGCAUCACGAAAUAGAAACUUAACAGUGAUGCUUGACGGUAUACUUUAAACAUUUUUCCGUCAAAUAUUCUGUUGUCGUUGCGCUUAGAUCGCUAUCGUGUAGGCGCAAAAGGAGAUCAUGAAUAAGAUCAGUUCUUUCUAAAAAAGAAUGUUUAUUUGCAAAACGAGAUGUAACCGUCGAAACGCGCUAUACGCGCGCACGAGGGGUAAACACCGCUUUCGCGUUGUUCCAUUCGUCUGUCAUUCACGGUAUUACGUAUAUAACAGGUGAAUAAAAUGAAAGAUUUCUUUCAGAAUCGAACGAACGUAUCGUCUCGGAUGAAUUAAGCUUCCAGCAGAGGCAGUCGUUUUUAUUCCGGCGAAGAUCUUCCUGGCGCAUUCCUUCAUCGUGCGAUUGACCGCUACUUCUUUGUCGCUCGCUUUGCGCUACCGAUUCUCUCGCACUUGACCUCGUCGUUAUACAUCGUCACACAUCAUACACUUAGCACGUGCGGAGGGGGGGGGGGGGGU